GAUGCUUGCAACUUUCGUUGUGCCGGUACUGUCGCUUUGUUGGUGUUGUGUGUGUUUCUAAAGAAACGUGCCAAAGAGUAUAUAAAUGCGCAUGAAUUACAUUUUAAUAUAAGAGUUUAAGAAAAUUGAUUCGAACAUUAAUCUAUUUCGGCUAAAAACAGAUUAGUUUAUCUAAAAAUAUGAGUAACGAUCCCGAAAAGUUUGAUUCCAUGCUUCUAGCAAUGGCUCAACAGCAUGAAGGCGGUGUUAAGGAUUUACUUGGAACAAUAGUUAGCUUUUUAGCUCGAAAAACUGAUUUCUUUACUGGAGGAAAAGAAGGUGAAUGGGAAAAGGUUGUGAAAGAUGUAUUUUACACUCAUGCAAAGAAAGCUAAGGAGGAAGCAGAUAAAAUUAAGAAAGAAAAAGAAGACGCUGAUAAAAGACUUAAAGAUAUUCAACAAAAGAAAGAACAGGAACGCUUAGCUCGAGACUUUGAACCUGCCACAGUACAAGAAUUAACUGAAGAGGAAGCUGAAAAAUUACAGGAGGAUAUUGAAAAGGAUAAAAAAAGCAAAAAUGAUAGUGGUGGUGCCGGAGGCAGUGACGUAGAAAUGGAGGAUCCAGUUGAGGAGGAAGAUCCUAAAGAAAAAGGUAAACUCAAACCCAACUCGGGCAAUGGAUGUGACCUGGAACAUUAUAGGUGGACACAGACUCUGGAAGAAGUUGAGCUACGUGUACCUUUACGUCAAGUACUUCGCCCUCGUGAUCUGACGGUGAUCAUUAAUAAAAGGCAUCUGAAAGUGGGAAUUAAAGGUCAACCUCUUAUCAUCGAUGGAGAAUUAGAUGCCGACGUUAAGGUGGAGGAGUCCACAUGGGUGCUACAGGAUGGUCGUAAUCUACUCGUUAAUUUAGAAAAGGUUAACAAAAUGAACUGGUGGAGCCGCCUCGUCACAACUGAUCCGGAAAUAUCAACUAGGAAAAUCAAUCCAGAACCAUCAAAACUGUCGGACUUAGACGGAGAGACACGAGGUUUAGUUGAAAAAAUGAUGUACGAUCAAAGGCAAAAGGAAAGAGGUCUGCCCACCAGUGAAGAGCAGAAAAAACAAGAAGUACUUAAGAAAUUUAUGGAACAACAUCCGGAAAUGGAUUUCUCGAAGUGUAAAUUUAAUUAAGAAUAAAAAACUCAACAUUAUUCUUCACAAAUAUUUAGAUAUCGACAAGCAGUAAUAGGAGCUCUUGAUCGAUUGUAAAUGCAUGUUAACUUUAUUAUAUUAAAACUAAUUGUCGUGCAAACAAGUUGUCUAUAAACCCUAGUGCUUUCUGACUAAGUAUGUAUACAUACAUCAGUAAUGUAUAAGAUUCAGAUUGGAGAAAGAUUGUUAUUUCCUUCAUGUAACUUGUAUAUGUAUUCUAUCACAUCAGAUUAUUUAUGGCGACUUGCUUUGCGUAACAAAUAUUGUGUUUAUAUAAUAAACAAAUAAACAUU